AUGUUAUCAAGGGGCCGUGUGACCCUCCAGAACUUGAAGCGCUCCUCUACGUUGCAGAGCACAAUACUAUUCCAGUUCCUCGAGUUCGACGUAUCUACAUGGAUCAGCAUCUAUAUUAUGAUGGAUUACAUUAAAGGAACAAACGCAGGAACUCUGUGGAUGCUCGGCCUGUUGAAGCCCGAGGAACAGGACGCUAUCGUCAAUGAUAUGGCGGCUAUCUUAACUCAGCUUCGAGCGUUUCACCCUCCUAAGGAAGGGGUAGUUGCAUCCGCUCAAGGCAGAGCUAUUCUUGAUUACCGCAUUGGCAGUCAUCUAGUUGGGCCACUUCAGUCCCAUGCCAGCUUUCAUCCCUUUUUACGAGUUGGUGUUCCACUGGGGAACACGGCAAUGAAUUUUGGGGACUUGCAACCUAUCACCACAGCAAUAGCUGGACGAUAA